AUGUUUAAAAAUAUAAUAAGAAUUAAAUCAAGCGUUUUAUUUUUCAGUACCAAGUCAGUUAGGUUAAAUGGUGCCAAUACUGCUGCAACUAAGAUAGUAUCGUCGUGCAAAGCAGGCACUCCAUUAAAUUUAAAAAUUAAGAAAACAGGAAACGAUCCGGUUGCUUUGGAAGAUAGUGAGUAUCCAGAUUGGUUAUGGACUGUUUUAGAUCCAGUUGUCGAGGAACAAGCAUUAGCCAAAGAUCCAAUAGCACUAAGAAAAAAAGCUAUGAGGAAAGCUAACAGAGAAAAGAUCAAGCAAAAUAACUUUUUAAGUAAAUUAUGA